CCACGCGCAGCGGCAGCGGUUGUUCCGCUUCCCCUCCGGCCCGGGCCGUCGCCAUUGCCGAAGGCUCCUGCCCUCCCCCUCCCUGGCCCGCGGGGCUCCGCGCCUCACGGCCUCGGUAGCGACGGCCGCGCCCGGAGCCGCUCCCCUCUGCCCUGCCCUCUUCCCUCUCUGCCUCCCACAGCAGCGAUCGCCCGCGUCUGCCCGGCAGCCCGCCCCGGGUCGGGCGGAGACCUUCCCUCUCUGGCCAUUUGAUAAUUCUAAAUCAUGUCUGAUAACGGAGAACUAGAAGACAAGCCUCCAGCACCUCCUGUGCGAAUGAGCAGCACCAUUUUUAGCACUGGAGGAAAAGAUCCUUUAUCGGCCAAUCACAGUUUGAAACCUUUGCCUUCUGUUCCAGAGGAAAAAAAGCCCAGGAACAAAAUCAUCUCCAUAUUCUCGGGCACAGAAAAAGGAAGUAAAAAGAAAGAAAAAGAACGGCCAGAGAUUUCUCCUCCAUCUGAUUUUGAACAUACCAUCCAUGUUGGCUUUGAUGCUGUCACUGGAGAGUUCACCGGCAUGCCAGAACAGUGGGCGAGGCUGUUGCAGACCUCCAACAUUACCAAACUAGAGCAGAAGAAGAACCCUCAGGCUGUGCUGGAUGUCUUGAAGUUCUAUGACUCUAACACUGUGAAGCAGAAGUACCUGAGCUUCACUCCUCCUGAGAAAGAUGGCUUCCCUUCUGGAACACCAGCAUUGAAUACUAAGGGAUCAGAAACGUCAGCAGUAGUAACAGAGGAAGACGAUGAUGAUGAAGACGCUGCUCCUCCUGUCAUUGCCCCUCGGCCAGACCAUACGAAAUCAAUUUACACACGGUCUGUCAUUGACCCUAUUCCUGCUCCAGUUGGUGAUUCAAAUGUUGAUGGUGGUGCCAAGUCUUCAGACAAACAGAAAAAGAAAGCCAAGAUGACAGAUGAAGAGAUUAUGGAGAAAUUAAGAACUAUUGUGAGCAUAGGUGACCCUAAGAAAAAAUACACAAGAUAUGAAAAAAUUGGACAAGGGGCUUCUGGUACAGUUUUUACUGCAACUGAUGUGGCACUGGGACAGGAGGUUGCUAUUAAGCAGAUUAAUUUACAAAAACAACCAAAGAAGGAAUUGAUCAUUAAUGAAAUUCUGGUGAUGAAGGAAUUAAAGAAUCCCAACAUAGUUAACUUCUUGGACAGUUACCUGGUAGGAGAUGAGUUGUUUGUGGUGAUGGAGUACCUUGCUGGAGGGUCGCUCACUGAUGUGGUAACGGAAACCUGCAUGGACGAAGCACAGAUUGCAGCCGUGUGCAGAGAGUGUUUACAGGCCUUGGAGUUCUUACAUGCUAAUCAAGUGAUCCACAGAGACAUCAAAAGUGACAACGUGCUUUUGGGAAUGGAAGGCUCAGUUAAACUUACUGACUUUGGCUUCUGUGCCCAGAUCACCCCUGAGCAGAGCAAACGCAGUACUAUGGUUGGAACACCAUAUUGGAUGGCACCAGAGGUGGUUACACGGAAAGCCUAUGGCCCCAAAGUUGACAUAUGGUCCCUAGGCAUCAUGGCUAUCGAGAUGGUUGAAGGAGAGCCUCCAUACCUCAAUGAAAAUCCUCUGCGGGCUUUGUACCUGAUAGCAACAAAUGGAACUCCUGAACUACAGAAUCCAGAAAAACUUUCUCCAAUAUUUAGGGAUUUCUUAAAUCGGUGUUUGGAGAUGGAUGUGGAGAAAAGGGGUUCAGCCAAAGAACUGUUACAGCAUCCCUUCCUGAAACUGGCCAAACCAUUAUCUAGCUUGACGCCACUGAUCCUAGCAGCUAAAGAAGCAAUGAAGAGCAACCGCUAACACCACUGAGGCCUCGUAUCUUUUAUCCAUUUUCUAAAAGAAUUUUUUUAAACAUGAAAUUGUUACUCUGAGGGGUAUAAAGAGACGGUCUGCAUCACAUGGAGAAAAACAAGCAAACUACUAUUUACUAAAGAUGACCAAGAGAAAUUGCAGUAAGAGGAUUAUGACUUCCAGAUGAGCCCCUGCUUUAGGGUCCAAAAGGAGUCGUGGACUGCAUCGCUAGCCUUACAUUUCCCGCAGACAGCGCUUGACGUGUGCAUGCUGUUGUGAUGACUGUCACUACAGUAGAUCCUGUUGGUUGUCUCCUUUGGGGUAUUUCCAUACUUGAAUGUCAGAUUCGAGUUUUUCUGAGUAUUUUGUCUUCUGGUCUUCUCUCUCUUUUGUAGCCUUCCUUUCCCCUGACCCGUUCCUUCUGAAUUGUUUCUUUGAGUUCUUCUUGUGCCUAAAUUCAAGGCAAGUGUGAUAGGAAUUAUGUAGCUCUUUAUAUUGGCAAAGGAGCUUGACAUGUUUUAACUUUUUAUAGAAGUUAGGACCAGCUGUUGUACAUGUAGUAUUUCAGUUUAAACUGAAAGGGGAAAGUAUGUGAUUUUUACCUUUUUUAACAAAUGUGAAAGAGUCAACUUUAGAAAUUCAUGGUAGUGAGUUUGACAUUUGUUACAUGUAUAGAAAGAGGACUAAUAAUCUAUAUUUAUAACUAAAUCAUUGAUACAGAGCAAGAAUCCCACUGACUGUAUGUUCUUACCAUUUUUGUCUUCUCUUCUGCCUGUUUCUCCUCAGAUUUGGCUUUAGGAACCAAAGUAAUUUGUUCUUCUUCCGCUCAGGCUUUCUGCCUUUAGUGCCGGCCGCUCCUUUCCCUUCUGUUCCCUUGGAAACAAGUGUCUGUAUAUGCUGCAAUUUUAGGUGUUGGUUUUUGUUAGAAUCAACCCUAUUUUGCAUCCACCCCUCCACCCUCUAGGGCAAGUAAUAACCAUUGAAUUUUCAGAAUUUAAAAGUUAAGAACUUUUUUCUAUUUAAAAGGAAAAAUAUUUGGGUGUAGCAGAAACCAAGAGAGAUGUGAACGUUGGUAAGUUCUAGGCUAGUUGUAAUAAUGAAAUGUCAAUAUUAUAGAGAUGAAGUUCAUGGUAGUAAACUAUAAAGAUUCAUCUGGUUUACAGUGUUCCCAACCCAUUAUCAAUGUUUUACUGUGAGAGAUGAAAUAGCAAAGUACGUGGUGGAUCAUUUGAGGUGUUGGGGGUACUUAAGUUUUUGUUUUUCCAAGCGAAUAGAGUAUUCAUGUAAAAAACUGGAGAAAGAAAACUGCAAUGUGCAUAUUGAUAGUAAUACUUUUUAUUUUAAAGAUUUAAUGAAAGGUCUGCGACCUAUAGCAUUAGCUGUUAGCCUGCCCGCCCCCUCCUAUCUUUCCUCCCUGCUUCUCAUUGCUUUGUUGUUUUGCUUAUGGAGGAGGAAUUGUCCAUUCUACGUUCCUGGGGUCACAGAAGAGAAAGCUCUAUGGUCUGCUUCAGACACCUGUCCCUACCAUCCCCUUUCAAAGAACUUGACACAUGCUUGCCGUUCUGCACAGUACAAAUCAUGAAUGAAUAUGUUUGCUCUUUGGGGUAUUUGGGGAAAGGGUCAUAGUUUCAUUUCCUGUUGUACCUAUUAAGAUACAGGAUAAGAUAAGGUCUCUGGAGUUUUCAUAACAGAAAGGUUUUCAAUGAAACUCAACAUCUAGAGCACUUAUUGACCCGUUUUCCAUAUGAGUUCAUUUUUCUCUGAACUAUAUUUGGCUUUCUACAACUGCAAAAACGAACUGGUUUAUUUUUGGUGGGAAGCUGUGGUGCCUCUUGAGCUCCAGAUGUGAGCAUUGUUUGUAAACAGUUUUAUGGAUACAUUAUGAUGGUGAUGCUGCCAACAAAGUGGGAAGCCAGCACGCUGAUGGGACUGGAACUGGUGGUCUGUCUCAUGAUUGCUCAAGAAGGUGCCCCAUGGAGACCACUGGGACGCAUGCCAGUGUCCCGCUCUGUGCCGUGACUCCACAAGGGCUUUCCCUCAACAGAAGCAGUUUGGGGUUUGUAUUUACAAUUUCUUGGAUGGUUAUUUGCAUGUCCAUUGCUGGCGACGGACUUUGUCAUUCAAACCUGACUCCGAGGUUAAGGGGGCUGCACUGUGUUUAUUCUCUCCUGACCUGGACAAACUAACCUGUAAUAGUUAAUAGUAAUGGUUCAUUUUGAGAUGUGUCAUUUUUAAACAAAAUAAUCUUUAAAGCAAUAUAGAAUUGUGAUUUAUUAGUUAAUUUUAAAUUAAAAUGUUGAGAUUCUGUUGAAAGACAA